AUGCCAGCAAUUCACUUAGAACCAAUUGAAUCGACUUCAACUCAACCUGAACCUUCAAGACCCACAUUGGCCUCAAGAGAGUCCAUCGAAUCUCAAUUCCUCAAAAACGUUCUCCACACUGUACCAUCCUACGUUUUAGAUCACGCACCAUUAAUCCACUUACAUUCCAAAGAACCAUUUUGGCCGGCCUCCCAAUUAAAUCACAUCAAGAAUUUAAACUUUUCGAAUCAACCAAUUUUAUCCCAUUGUCAAGCAGAAAACAGAAAAGAGAUACCAUUUUCGAUUUUAAGUGAUUUGAAAUUUAACCAUGAAAAGGCUUAUAUGACAACUGAUGAUAUAGAGAAGAUUAGAUCGAGUCCUCAAUCAAUCCAAUGGUUAUGUUCAAAUGAAGGUAAACCUGAUGAAUUUGGAAAAUCUAAAGUUUCUACUGUCAAUCUGAUUGUUGUAGAUAAAUCUGAAUUAACUGGUAUACCUAAUACUUUGGAUGCAUUUUGGUUCUUUUUUUAUUCCUUCAAUUUAGGACCUAAAGUUUUAGGUAUUCAUUUUGGUAAUCAUUUAGCUGAUUGGGAACAUUGUAUGAUUAGGUUCAUAGAUCAAAAACCUACAGCUAUACAUCUUUCAUCACAUGCAGAUGGUUUUGCGUAUCGUUUUGAUUCGUUAGAAAAAGUAGGAGCGAGACCUGUAAUUUACUCAGCAUAUGGUUCACAUGCCAUGUACCCAAAAGCAGGGUAA